AUGAAUCGGGAUCUGAAAGGCGAACAACAUGCAUCCUCCCGUUCCAUAAAAGGAACUGCAGAGAAGCCUAAAGCUUCAAAGAAGUGUUCGCUGUUUUCGUUCUUUGCCAACCUUCUUUUUGCCUUGAAGCCUUUUCCACUGAAAGCGCAGACCUUAGACUUCUGCAGUGAGCCAGAUAAAAGUGACUAUACACUCAUCCAAGAUCCUUUCCUCGGCGACAUCGACCAUGGUCAACCAGGUAUCACCUUUGAAACUGCUUAUGGUGAAGGAGGUCCUCGCUGGUUCAUGGUAUACCAAAACGGAGAAGACGCGAAGCCGUAUCGCGCGAUGAAGGUUUCUUCCAACACAACUGUAUUUGUUGACUUGACAACAUCGUGCUCAACAUUCUCCGGAAGACUCGUCCGUGGUAACGAUAUCGAUUUCGAUGGCGGCGCGCACAAUCUCGGUACAUGGGCAGAGAUGAACUGGCAGAGUUAUCCACUCGUGUACGGUGGGGUGUCUGUCAUUGAAGGCAAUGACGGGCCCAUCCUCUUACAAUCAGAAGAUCUCAACACCCCUUCCAUGGGCUUCAGUGAAGAUAUUAUACCUCGAGCUCCAAAAGAAUGCCGGGUCAAAAAGGACAGUGGAGGCAUGGCGCUGAAGCCAACCGACAAGGAUGGAUACGACGAAGCAACGCGGGAAUUCACGAAACGACAACUGGACAACCAGAAGGUGUCUAUCGACAAGAGCUACACUGCGACAGUCAUGUCCCAUAACGGAAGGUUCAAGAUUGUUUUUCUCCAUGGGAACCAUUAGAUAGAGCAGCCCUGGCUUAUGGGUUCAGGCAGCUGUAUCGUCAUUUGAAGCUCGAGCAGCCAGUCAUCUUUGGUGGCUCAAUAUGCAUCUGAAAUUAUAGAAGAUAUGUUGUAAUCUCUAGGCACUUUUCCAAAAGAGAAGUAGUCGAGAUGGUUGAUAUGGG